AUGACUGAUAAUUUCUUUCAAGCAUCAAAUCCUUUAUGGUAUAUAGCUUGUGAUGGAGGUAUUUUAAAAUUAACAAUUCUUGCAUUUUGGCCAAAUUUAAUGCCAUAUGAAUAUUUCGGUAUAUGGGGUCAAUUUACAAAAAACUUAGCAUAUAAUCAUCAUCAUUUAUUGGUAUUCAUUUUUUGGAUUGCCAUUUUUUUACAUAUUUUUGAAGCAAUAAUUGCUUUACGUCUAUGUAAAAAGUUAAAUAUUGAUUCUACUAAUACAUGUCGAUGGUUCAUACAAACAUUGUUAUUGGGUUAUGUUUCAUUGGGCAUACUGAGAAAAUAUGCAGCAAAAAAACGACGACAAUUAUAA